AUUUCUCUAAAAAUCCUAACUAUAUUAUGAACGUUAUAUAGGAUUCCAUUUCCACAUUCCAUUUUUCUUGUUUAGAAACCACAUUCUCCUAACUCUGAUCACUUAGAAAAACUCAAGUAUGAUAAUACUCAGAGUAGUUGUGUUUUCUUUGUGUGUUCUAUGUGUUCCCUUAGCUGAGGCUAACCAAAAUGAUGCAUCAAUUACUACUACUAAUGUGAAGUUGAGAGUUGGUGAGAAAGAGUUUUUUGAAUGGGUUAACAAAAUUGGGUUUAAGACCAAAUCCAGGUCUAACAACAACAACAACAACAACAACAACAACAACAACAGAAUGAAAUUUGAGCAACACAAACAACAACAGAAGAAGAAAAUGAAGCCUUGCAAAACCAUUAAAGUGAGGGAAAACCCGAAACCGUCGUCGAAGCAUUUUGGUAGUGUGCAGAAGGCUAUAAGUUCACUCCCAAUUCUUAACUCGUGUCGUGUGGUUAUCUCUGUUGGUCCAGGAACAUACAGGGAAAAGGUGGAAAUUCCAAGAACAAUGGCUUACAUAAAAAUAAAAGGAGCAGGAGCAGAUAAGACCAUAAUUGAAUGGGAUGAUACUGCUGACAGAUUAGGGCAGAGUGGUCAGCCAUUAGGGACUUAUGGCUCUGCUACUUUUGCUGUUAAUUCUCCUUUCUUUGUUGCCAAAAAUAUCACUUUCAAGAAUGUAGCGCCAUUGCCGCAAACAGGAGCACUAGGGAAACAAGCAGUAGCACUUCGGAUAUCAGCAGACAAAGCAGCAUUCAUAGGGUGCAAAUUCAUAGGGACACAAGACACUUUGUUUGAUCACAUAGGAAGACAUUACUUCAAGGAUUGCUAUAUCGAAGGAUCUGUGGAUUUCGUGUUUGGAAACGGACUCUCCCUAUACGAUGCGUGCCAUCUACACGCCGUGUCAAACCACUAUGGAGCUCUUACUGCUCAAAAGAGGGAGAGUUUCACGGAGAAAACUGGGUUUUCUUUUGUGAAUUGUAGGGUUACCGGGUCGGGCGGGCUUUACCUUGGUCGGGCUUGGGGUACCUUCUCAAGGGUUGUGUUUGCGUACACUUACAUGGACAAGAUCAUUGCCCCGGGGGGAUGGUAUGAUUGGGGUGACAAAAAUAGGGAUAUUUUUGGUUUAAUGUGCAGGACGGUAUUUUACGGACAAUACAAGUGCUCAGGACCGGGAGCUAACUAUGGAGGAAGGGUAUCAUGGUCGAGGGAAUUAACAUCACAAGAAGCUCAACCAUUCAUUUCCUAUGAUUUCAUAGAUGGCUAUGAAUGGCUUAAGAACUUAAUUUAAUUUAACAUGGAUUUGAGAACCAUUCAUUUUCCUCUUUAGUCUUGUCUUCUCUAGCUACAUUGUAAUUUUUGAUGUUUAUCCUUUUUCAUCUUCAUCAAUUUACGCACGAUUGACUAGGGGUGUGCAAAAAUUAGUCCGGACCGAAAAAAAUGGAUCGAACCAGACCGACCCAAACCGGAUUGGACCAAAGGCAAUCGGUCCAGUCUCCAAAUCGAGAAAUAUCAAUUUUCGGUCUUCGAUCCGGUCUGAUUCGAUUUUGGACCGGGUCGAUUUUUCCUUAACAAUGUAAUAUAAACUAUUUAAAAUUUUAAUUCUAUACUUUAAUAUGUUGUAACUAUUA